UCAAUCUAAGCCCAGCUUCGAGCUCUGGCAGUCUGGCACACCGCACUCUGCCACAGGUCCACGCUUCCACCAGCCCACUCCCCGUCGCCGACCUCACCCCCCUCAUGGACGGUGGCCGAGCCGCAGCCGUCGGCGGCGACCCCUCUCCCAUCGCUGCUCCUUCCAAUCCCCCGGCGCUGAGCAGCCGGCCCGUCGAUGUCUCCUCGUUCACCCAUACCCCGUGCUACUGCGAAGAAAAUGUUUACAUGUUAUGUAACGAGCUUAUUAGAACCGGAGUGGCUGAUCCUGCGGGCACUGAUCUUUAUGUUGUUUUCAUAUCCAACGAGGAAAAAAAGGUGAUUUAUUGCUUAUUUUUCUAUUGUUGGAGAUCUUAUUUUCCUUCAGUUGGAAAUUUCCCUUCCAUUCAGGUUCCUCUCUGGCAUCAGAAAGCAGGCCAUUCUGAUGAUGGAUUUAUUUGCUGGGAUUAUCACGUGAUAUGCAUCCAGUCUAGGCGAAGCAAAGAAGUUCUUGAUUUUGUUUGGGAUCUGGACUCCGAUCUUCCUUUCCCUUCCCCAUUGAUCCAAUAUGUUUCUGAGGCGAUUCAACCACUAUCAUUCGGCAAUUCCAGAUAUGCAAGACUCUUCCGUGUGGUUCAUGCUCCUGUGUUUCUUCAAUCGUUUGCCUCAGACAGAAGCCAUAUGAAGGAUCCUGAGGGGAACUGGAUUCAGUUACCCCCAAAAUAUGAACCGAUCGUGGCUGAAGAUGGAACCACCAAUAACCUCAAUGAGUACAUCAUGAUGUCUGUGGGGGACGUGGCAGACAGAGAAAGGAUGGCUAAUGAUGUUUACUGCAACAAGCAUGGUGUGGUGCUAAAUGAAACGAUCUUCCCUGAAUUCUUCGCCCAGCUGCCUGCUCCACAUACUUAGCAAGCGAUCUUUCUGUUGUGAUGGGUUACUCUGUACACUUCAAUAGUGCACUCACAAGAUUAUGAAUUAAAAUAUAUGGGCACUAUUGGACACAUGGUGCCUCUAAGUAGCGUUUCAGAUAGAUCCUGGCCUGUUUUGGAAAGCAAAAUGUGGGGAUCUCAUAGUUCUGUUAGCCUAGACAUCUGAAAGCUUCAUCUUGUCCCAAAUAAUGAUGACUAGGUCAUGUUUAACGGCUUUAGCUUUCUUUGGUCAUUGUUCGUCGAAACUUAUAUGAACAUAACACUUCUAUGUGCUCGUUGUUACCUUACAAGUAAAUAUGCAACCCAUAAACUUUAAACU